GCUGCAAGAUGGCGGCGCCGGAGGAGCGGCUCGUGUCGGAGGGCGAAGGCGGCGCCCCGGGCUCGGCGCGGCUCUCCCCGGCCCCGCUGCCGGAGGCCGCCGAGCCGCUGGCGCCCAUGGAGCCGCCGCCUCAGAGCAACACGCUCAUGGGGCUGCCCAUCGUGGCUAUCGAGAGCAUCCUCAGCUUCCUGUCCUACGAUGAGACGAGCCAGCUGCGCUUGGUUUGUAAACGAAUGGACUUGGUUUGCCAGAGAAUGUUAAAUCAGGGAUUUCUGAAAGUGGAAAGAUACCACAACUUGUGUCAAAAGCAAGUUAAAGCUCAACUUCCAAGACGGGAGUCAGAAAGGAGAAACCAUUCAUUAGCUCGCCAUGCAGACAUCCUUGCUGCUGUGGAAACGAGACUCUCUCUCCUAAAUAUGACUUUCAUGAAGUAUGUGGAUUCCAAUCUCUGUUGCUUCAUACCUGGAAAGGUAAUAGAUGAAAUUUAUCGAGUGCUAAGAUAUGUAAACUCCACAAGAGCUCCUCAGAGAGCUCAUGAAGUUCUUCAAGAACUAAGGGACAUUUCCUCCAUGGCUAUGGAAUAUUUUGAUGAGAAGAUUGUUCCAAUACUGAAAAGAAAGAUGCCUGGGUCAGAUGUAUCGGGACGUCUAAUAGGAACUGCCCCAGUUCCAGGGCCUUCUGCAGCACUGACAACAAUGCAGCUGUUCUCCAAGCAGAGCCCUUCCAGGCAGGAAGUCACCAAGCUGCAGCAGCAGGUGAAAGCCAACGGCACGGGCCUGACGGCGCUGAAGCGGGAGAUCUCGGAGCUGCGCGUCAAAGUGCAGGAGCAGCAGAAGCAGCUCCAGGAUCAAGACCAGAAACUGCUUGAGCAAACCCAAAUCAUUGGGGAACAGAACGCCCGCUUGGCCGAGCUGGAGCGCAAGCUGCGGGAGGUGAUGGAGAGCACAGUAGGGAAUUCUUCAGGUUCCGGCUCAAAUGAACAAUCUCCCAGGAAAAGGAGGAAGGCGGUGGAUUCCACAGACUGUCCUAGGAAAUCUAAACGCCUUCGGAACAGAAAAUAACUGGGGAGGAAAUGGCGCCUUCAGGAGGAUACACUGCUCUAGCAGCCCAAGCAGGCCUGCUUGUUGGGAUACUGUGACCAGCUUCAUGGUGUCACUUAGGCUGCUGGCUCUUCAAAACACCACUUAGACUUGAACAGUGAUUUUCUUUCAUUGACUUUUCCCCUGCUUUCUAUAUGGGUGGGCCUAAUGCACAGAAUCUUUAAGAUUUGCAAUAGCUACAUACUAACCAGACCUGCUCUGUUAUGUUUUGAAGGGUUAACCUUUUUUUUUUUUUUUGUGCAGAUGUGUUUUGAAGUAAACUUAUUUGUGUUUAUGCAUAUGUUCACAUGAAAUCUUAAAUAAAUUGUCUUAACUGACUAAAUGGUUAAGAGUAAAAACAGAUGUCCUGUUCACUUGAAGGAAAGAUCCGCUUUUAAAACCUUGUUUUUGAGAACUUGACCUUUUUUGUUACAAGUGACCUUGUCUGGAAUGUCUGAAAAGUAGUUAAUACUUUUUGGGGUUCUCUGUAACGAGUAAAACUGACUUCUUAAGCUA